UGCUAGGCUAAAGUUGCUACGGCUAGUUAGCACCGGCUGUUAGCCGGUUCGCUACUUUCGUUGCUUAUACUUUUGUUUUAUAUAGCUUAAAUGACAGUACUGGGUUUGUUGCGUUUUCUCUUGCUUUUUUAAGCAGUUGUAUGUAUUUGUUAUAUCAGAAUAACGUUAAACCGCAGUGUAGUACAGGCCUCGAACAAGUGGCUGAAGCGUUCGUUGCUAGCUUGCCAAUCAAGCAAACCCAACAGAAACCUGUGCUGCUUUUUAAGAAAUAUUUCAUGUGAUGGCUAUUAUAGCGGUCUCAAUGCGCUGUUGUUGGAUCUCUGAGAUCUGCUGCCUGCCCUGGUCCUGUUUCUGCUUGUACCACUAUGGCCAGCGGUGAUGAUGAUGACCCCAUUAUAGAAGAGAUUGACGUGUACCUUGCUAAAAGCCUUGCAGAUAAGCUGUAUCUUUUUCAGUACCCUGUCCGACCAUCGACCAUGACCUAUGAUGAUGUCGACCAUUUAUCAGCUAAGAUCAAACCCAAGCAGCAAAGGGUGGAGUUGGAAAUGGCCAUCAACACAAUGAGUCCUAACUACUGUCGUAGCAAAGGAGAGCAGAUAGCUCUGAAUGUGGAUGGCACAACUUGUGAUGAAACCAGCACCUAUUCAGUGAAAAUGAUGGACAAACAGACUUUCUCCUCCAUCCAGGCCACCACCAAUACCUCCAGAUAUGCUGCUGCUGUGUUUCGCAAAGGUGAGCUUCACAUCACACCUCUGACAGGAAUUCUCCAGAUGAGACCCAGCUUCUCUUACUUGGACAAGGCUGACAACAAAACCAGAGAGAAGGAGGCAGCCAAUGAAGGUGGAGACUCCUCCCAAGACGAGGCUGAUGAGGAAGCCAAGGCCAUCACGGUGAGGUUUGCUCGCCUUGAGUCGGAGCAGGCCCGGCAGAGGAGGAUCCAGUCGUACGAGUUUCUCCAGAAGAAGCAGGCGGAGGAGCCCUGGGUUCACCUGCACUACCACGGUGUCAAGGAUAGCCGCUCAGAGCAUGAAAGGCAGUACCUGUUCUGUCAGUCAGUGGACGCUUCACAGAACUCUGAACUGGUCAAAACUCCUAAGGAGUACUUGAUGAUGCUGAUGCCCCCUCUCGCAGAGGAAAAAGUUGUGAAACCUGUUGGUCCCAGUAAUGUGCUCUCCAUGGCUCAACUCCGUACUCUGCCGCUGGGAGAGCAAGUCAAGACCUUGAUGAAAAAUGUCAAGGUGAUGCCAUUUGCAAACCUGAUGGGCCUGCUCGCCUCUGGCACAGACUCAACCGCAGUGCUGCGCUGCAUCCAACAGGUGGCACUGCUAGUUCAGGGAAACUGGGUUGUCAAGAGUGAUGUGCUGUAUCCUAAAAACACCUGCAGUGCUCACAGCGGUGUUCCUGCAGAAGUGCUGUGUCGUGGCAGGGACUUUGUGAUGUGGAGGUUCACUCUGGAGCGCUCUGUGAUGAGAAAGGAGAUUGCAUCCAUCAUCAAACUUCCUCCCGAGGAUGUGAAGGAGUUCCUGGAGCAUGUGGCAGCACCUCGGAUCAACCGGGGCUGGGAGUUCCUGUUGCCUACUGAUGUAGACUUCAUUAAGAAACACCCAGAUGUUGCCCACAGGCAGCACAUGCUGUGGCUUGGCAUCCAGAGCAAACUGGAAAAGGUCUUUAACUUCUCUAAAGAAGACUUCAUGCCAAAGAACUGCCCUCAGCCUGAGCCUGUCCACGUCAGUGGGGAGCAGCGUCUGCAGAUGGCUCAGGAGCGUGCACAGGAAAGCCAGUUGUCCCUACAGAAGGCCCUGGAUGCCAGACGUGCAGAAAGCAGCGUCCCACUGAGACAGAAGCCUGUCAGUGACAGGGAAGACGAGCCUAUGGACACCUCCUCUUCCCCAUCGUCUUCAGUCCUCAACGGUUCGGUCAAUGGUUACCCUGGUGCCAUCUCUCUUGGCUUUGAUCACACUAAUGGUAAUGGAGGAAGUCCCACCAACAUGCCAUCCCCAGAGCUGCAGGAAUUUGUGUUAAAGACUUUCAGGAAGCAUUUUGUACUGACACUGAAUGAGCUAAAGAGGCUGUUUAACCUUCACCUGGCUUCCAUACCGGCGGGACAGCACGUCUUACACUCCUUCUCGGACCACAUGCUACAGGAUGCCAUACUGCUCUGCCACUGCAAACAGAUAAUGGUGCCUUUUCCUGCGCAGAGCACAGCAGCCUCUGAUGAACAGAAGGUGUUUGGUUUGUGGGAAACUGGAGAGGAUUUCGACAAGCACCGUCGGCUGCUGUAUGAAGUGUUUACGAAAAACUACCGGGUCAGGAGAAAUGUAAUACAAGCCAGACUGGCGCAGGAAUUUGGAGACGUCUCUAAGGCCGACAUCGACCGGCUGCUCCAUGAGUGCUGCAAAAGCCACUCAGGAAUGUGGUACCUGAAGGGGACAAUACAGUCCUGACACAGAGAUCCUGCCUCCUGCAUCAACAGUCAGCCAGUCUGAUCCUCUCCCAGGUUUCCAGUGGGGGGGCAGUCAGAGAGAUGAGAGCUCAUCACAGCUCACCCAGCUCUUGGUGCAGGCAACAGGACGACAGAGACGUCAAGCCUGAUGUCUGCUCUGCUCAGAACAUGAAGCUUUUCUCAUUUCAGCGGAAGCAUUUCUGACGUUAACGUGAGUACUCGGAUGCAGCGCAGAGAAUGGAACCUCCUCACAGAUGAAGACUAUAAAGGAAAAAAAUAUAACAAAUGAAGUAGCAGCAAGAGAUACACAGUUUGGAGUAGACUUUUGGAUUUAUGACUUAAUGUUUGAUUAUUUUUUAAUUAAACUUUUACCACAUCAAGAUGGUGUUUACUACCAGAGCCAGCUCUACAAACCUCAUCAUUCCUCUGCUGUGCUGAACAGGGGGCCAGAAUACAGAUCAGAGAGAAUUACACAACUGGGGCCUCUUACUGUCCUCGCACACAGCAAAUUUGCCACAAGACCAUCAGAUUCCAAAACGGUAUUUUUCACAGAACAACAACAGAGACAGAAGAUUUCAGAUUCUCGAAGAUAAAAUGGUCAUUUCACUUGAGAUUUGGUUUUUGAAAGCAACCACGGCUCAGGGUGCUUUCAUUUUACUCCUGAUUUGUAAAUUUUGCUAGAGAAAACCCAUUUACUAUAUCAUCAACUGUAAUGGCCUUGUGGUAGAAAACUUGCUUUAUCUACUAAUUUCACACAAUAUGCUAGAUUUCACGUGGUUAAGGAAAAUCAUCUAUAAACUAAGUAUUUAUUCCACCCUGAGUACAAAAAUGACUACCUAAUUAGACUACCUAAUUAAAAUCUGUUAACACACUUGAGGAAACAUUAUCAAACAAACACCUGAGUAAAGUUUGGAGUAAAUGAUAAAAAUAAUGCACAAACAAGGAAAGAGCCCCUUAUGCUUAUGUUAAACUGAAAUCACUUAUGUUUGAGGCAAUCAUGGACCUGUGAAGUGCUGCACCAAAUGUGGCUUUUCCCACAUUUCUGUAUUAUUCAUUCAAAUCUAUACCGAAAUGUACAGUUUAAAAAAACUUGGGCUAAAUGGUUGAUGCUGAGAUUUGGUUUUUGGGUUGAAUGUACAAAGUUUCAAAUUGUUUUGUUUUAUGAGAGAAACUUGAGUGAUUGUGAAAGCCAAUAAAGAUACAGUCUGGAGUAAA